AGGUGUAUUUGGGGGGAAGCACUGUGUUUUGUGUGUGCUUGUUUUUAAGUGAGGUGUGUGUGUGUUUUUAAUGAAAGUUGUGCAUUCAAGUAAAAGGCAUGUGUGUGAGUGAUGUGUGUGUGUGUAAGUGAGAGACAUGUGUAUGUAAGUGAGAGGCAUGUAUGUGUGUGUAAGUGGGAGGCAUGUGUAUGUAAGAGAGACUUGUGUGUGUAAGUGAAAGAGACGUGUGUGUGUGUGUGUGUGUGUGUUUAAGUGAAUGAGGCGUUUGUGUGUUUUUUAUAUAUAUAUCUAGUGUUCACGCUAGGUGUCUGCACCUUUUUUUAGACAGAUGAAUCCCACCCUGCCCGUUUUUGUGCGCCCUACCAACCCGCCGUUUUCUGCCUGCCGUACCCCGCCACGCCGCCAGACCCAGCCGUGCGCCGCCGGACCCGACUGCUUGGCGUGGACCCACGUGACCUCGCGGGUUCCGGUGACGUCAGAGCCCUGGAUCCGGAAGCGGGCGCGGGUGACCGUGGGCUGCAGCCGGCGUCAGGCGUGACACGGACAGCGGACUGCUUGGCGUGGACCCACGUGACCUCGCGGGUUCCGGUGACGUCAGAGCCCUGGAUCCGGAAGCGGGCGCGGGUGACCGUGGGCUGCAGCCGGCGUCAGGCGUGACACGGACAGCGGACAGCAGCAGCACGUGGGAAGGAGGCCCUGGAGGACUCACCGAAGACAGGAGGAGGAGCGGAGACCUGCGCACCAGCUGAAGAGACGCGAGGGAGCGAGCCACAGGACCAGGAGAGGACCAACACCAGGGAGGAGUUGCCUGCGCCUGUCACCAGAGCGACCAGAGCAAACUGCGCUGAGUGGAGAAGAUGCCGCAGAAGAGGAGGAGUCCAGCCAGCCGCAGGACUGGGGAAGGACAUCCAACCUUCAGGGGACCCUGCAGCAAGGGAGGAGACUGACCAGCGACGGGAGCACCGGCAUCGCGGAGGACACCAGCUUACCGGAGCAAGGACCCGCAGAAGACCCCGACUGGCUUAAAGUAGGUGGUGCGGAACAGAGGGGAGGACGACGCACAUCGGGAUCCUGCAGCAGGAGAAAAGAUCCCCCUUCAGAGCACAGUAGACCACACUGAAAAGGGUGCAUCCCCGGUGCGGUGCUCUGCAUCCCGGGUGGCGCUGAAGACGUGGAGUGUCGGUGGUGGCAGAAGUGCCGCAGCUUGGGGGGCUUCUGUUUGUUGAGUCACCCACAGGGACAUAAGACAAUGAAAUUAGAUAACAGGUGGAAAACCCACAUGAAUCUUAAAGAAAAGACAAAUGGAUUUCUAUUUUGGAUGGGACUGUGGAACAGAUGUAUGUGUGCAGCACUGCCAACACUGUCAAAUGUCUCAGACGGAAAAAAGCUUAAAAGAUCUUGUGCUGGCAGAAGACGGCCCAGAGAAACCAAGUGCGUGUGAUUUAAGAUUACUCUACAUGAACUGAAGUGUAUGAUAAUAGCCAGGACACCAAGUUCUGGAGGGCCAUCCCUGCUGAGGAGAGGCUCGUGGCUACGCUGCACUACUUGGCUACAGGACGCUCGUUUGAGGACCUCAAGUUUGGGACCUGCAUCUCCGCUCAAGCUUUGGGGGCAUUAUCCAUGACACCUGCAAGGCUAUCAUCAAGUUGCUGCAGUUCCAUUAUUGUAGGUUCCCUACAAGCAUGGAAGAGUGGAUAGCAAUUGCAGAUAAGUUUGACAGGCGUUGGCAUUUCCCUAACUGCGGAGGAGCUAUUGACGACAAGCACAUUCGCAUUACCCCACCUGCCAACAGCGUGUCAUUCUACUAUAAUUACAAGGGAUACUUCAGCAUGGUGCUAAUGGUGGUGGUGAACGCUAACUAUGAGUUUCUGUGCGUAGAUGUUGGGAAGAAUGGGCGUGCUUCUGACAGUGGCUCUUUUAAGAACAUGGCAUUCUACAACCAGUUCACCACCAAGACCCUGCAUUUGCCAUCUAGAGAGGCAAUAAAACAUGGCCUAAACUAUGUAUUCGUUGCUGACGAGGCCUUUGCCCUCCAUGAGAAUGUCAUGAAGCCAUUCCCACAAAGGGUCCUCAAUAAAGAAAUUACCGCCUUAGGGAUCUUGAGCAACCAAUUCCAGAUCUUCCAUAUGGCAAUUCAUUUAAAGGUGGAGAAGAUUGACUUGGUGGUUACUGCCUGCUGUGUCCUGCACAAGAAAGCCACACAACAAAGGACAGUGGCCACAGUUGUGUUGGAAGACCCAGAAUAUCCAGAAGAGGUUGCUCAGUUCCCCUCAGUGGCGGGACGACCAGUGUGCGAAACUGGGACUGCUCUAGCCAAAAAAGUCAGAGUGGAAUAUAUGGCCUACUUCAACGAGGAUGGUGUGGUGCUGUGGCAGGAAGAGUAAAUAUGAUAAAGAGAAGGGGAAGUGGAGGAUACUGUGGAACAAUUGUCUGGCGUAUGAGUUUGCUAGGACUGUAUUUACUGAAGAGGUAUCAGGCGAUUCAACAAUAUCCUCUUCCUCGGCGCUGGCCUCCUCACUCUCAGCCAUGACUGUCAUCGAUCUCUGGACUGGUUCCUGAUGGACAAGAAACAUGAGCUGGUUGUAGUACCACAAGUUUGUCUUGUAGACAUCCUCAGUCCUCACUCCUGACCUCUUGGACUCUUCUAUUUUCUUAUGUUCCUUCAGAAACACAGUCAAUAGAUUUUGAAUCUUCUUGCACACCCAGAUGACGGAUGUCGCGUCAUGGAAGGUUUGCUGUAUGCAGCAAGCUCCUCAUACAGUCUGCCUAGGUUCUCUUCACCUAGUUUGGAUUUAACUAACCACAGGCUUUCAUUCUGCUGGUAUAGGUUGAUGAACCCAGUAAUAAAAUCAUGCUCUGCAUCAAGUGACAAAACUAGAAAUAAAAGAGAGACAUUUAUAUUGAUGGACAUGGGGCCUACUUCAGGUUGGAUCUCAGUGUGUGAUCCAACCGUAAAUUCUGAGAAAAAGAUGCGGGCGCAUGCGCAGUGCCCAUCCUGCUCAUGCACCUGCAUUUUCUGCGGGGGGGGGUUCAGAAAAUGCGACGCCCCUGCCUGUCAAUCAGUUGUGGGGUGGCAGUGGCAAACGCAGGAUAUCUAGAAGGGGGUUUCCAAAUGCAAUCCACAAUCUCCCACUCUGCGGAACACGGAAUACAAUAUUAAUAUUUGAGACUAUAGAUGGUCUAUAGUAUAGGCUGUAUCAAACAUAUUUAAUAUAAAUAAGAUAAUGUAAGUGGUCAGGAAAAGGUUAAACAUACCAUAAUAAAUAAACAAAUACACAAACAUAAUAGAACCAGUACUGCACUUUCUAAGCACACAUUCUCCCACCUCAUGGUAAGGUUCCUGUCUCUUCUUCCUGAUAGCUAUUUUCUGGUCCAGUGCACUGAUUGAGGCCUCAGAAGCAGAAGAAGCUUAUAACCCUGGGCAUGUGCAGCAGCUUAAACUGCAUGAUGUGGCAGCAGGUCUAGUAAUUGUAUUAUAUACCAUUGCAAUUGUUGUCAUAAUUUGAGCCACUUGCCAAGAAGAGGGGUUUUCCAGGCAACUGGAACCCCCCCCCUGCAUUUACCUAUGCAUGACUUCCCAUGUCUAGCCUUAGAAGUGUAAGUAAACACCAGCGGAUGGCCUGAGACACAGUUAUACACACUCAUACUGGUCAUGGAGUGGAGGCAUGCAGGUCGCCAGCUAUUGGUUGUAUGCAGGUAGUUGUGCAAGCGGAGCCAGUCUCUCUGGUGGCAUGUAAUCAAUCACAGUAAUAUUGCAGGUCUCACGGAGCUAAGUGAAAAACAUCUGUCUUCCACUGUGGCGCUCUAACACAGUGUUAAGAUGGCGUCCCAUAUACACAGAACAAAUGAUGGUGGCCAUCUUGGUAUGGGAUUGACACUUCCUUUGAGGAACAAACAUGAAGCAUGCACAGUAGUGAUCUACAUCUUUAGCAAGCUGUAUGCUGAUUUUGCACAGCAAUUUGGAAGCCAUGCAGGACUGUCUGUGGAGGGAGGGUCUGAUCGGGGAGGUUAAUUUACAUUUUUGCCACAAUAUUGAGACCAUCUGCAAUCUUAAUUAAUAAAACAAGUUUGGUUAUGCUUGCCAGAUUGUAAAGAGCUGGAAUAAACAGGAAUCCCCUCAACCCAGGAGCUCCCCAGGUUCUGUCACAGACAGGGCUGCAGGUCUCAGUUACAGCUGCUAAACAAUGGGCCCCCUUAUAGCCUGUAUCACAGUUUAUAUUAUAUAACAGUUAUUUCAUAUAAAAGUUUAUAUUAUAUAAAGGUGUUUUAUUAUCUAGAAACAAAGUUGGUCACUGGAGAAGAAUGCGGCUAUUACUGUAUGCAAAUCAGUUAACAGGUUUAAUAUUAGAGAUGUGCACUUGAAAUUUUUCGGGUUUUGUGUUUUGGUUUUGGGUUCGGUUCCGCGGCCGUGUUUUGGGUUC